AUGGAUCGAUUUUUACGAAAUUCAUUACAUCACCAUACUAUUAUUGCUAUGAAUAUUUCUGCAUCCGUCUUUAAAUUAAUUGAUGUUCGAUUUUAUCUAAAUUUUCUUGUAAUGGAGAAAGUGUGGCCACAAACUCCAUUUGUUUGUCUCAUAUGGUGGUUGGUCGAUAUUGGUUUCUAUGAAACAUGUUGUAUACUAACUGCAUGGGCUUCAAUAGAACGACAUAUUUUUGUAUUUCACGAUCAAUGGUUAUCUACAAGAAGAGGACGUUUCCUUGUUCAUUAUCUUCCAUUAACUAUGAUCAUCAUCUAUACAACUAGCUAUUAUACAUGGGUUAUUUUCUUUCUACCUUGCAAGAAUACGUUUGAUUACACACUACCAGUGUAUAGUGCUUCACGUUGCUUUUUUAGUCAUCCAAUACUCAAAUCAUGGGAAGCAGGAGUACAUGGAUGUUUCACUACUUUGGUUGUUGCUGUUUUUAGUAUUGGUUUACUCAUCCGUGUUUUAAUGGAAAGACGUCGUCGUCAUCGUGAAAUACAGUGGCGUAAGCACCGAAAAUUGACAAUACAAUUAUUAUCAAUUUCAUCCAUUUUUUUCAUCUUUAAUUUGCCAUUGAACCUAGGAGCUUUUAUUCAAUUUUUGUGGCCUACCAUUCAGUAUAGGCGCUACUUUGAUGCCUUAUUUCUUCUUUUCAACUUAUUGGCUUAUAUUUUUUAUGCCUUUUGUCUGUUUAACUUCACUACCUCAUUUCAAAGGAAAACUGAAACGUAUGUUUUGUAUUUCACACCAACGUCAAGCUACAGUUGGUAUUCCUUUAGUCAUACAACCUACUGCUAUCAUGAAAAAAAAGAAUAAAACUUUGAACUACAAAUUAAUUGAAGAAAUACUGAAUGCAAUAUUAUUCAUUAAUCCGAACUUUGUUUAUCUCAAUCAUGACGGAUUUAUUGAACAUUAACAAUCAAACUUGAUUGUUGGACAGUUGCCAUAGCACAUCAUCGGUUUUUUGUGUUUUUGAUACUACUAAUACGAUUCGUUACAUUUAUAGAGAGAAUACAUUAAUUGAAUUAAGUUUUUUUUUAGCUUCGCAUGCUAUUCAAUUAAUCAGCUUAAUAAAUAUUUUCAUUUAUUCUUAACACUUUUUUUCUUAUAUUCAACGAAAUCAUUAGUCACUAAGGUUGAUAAUAACGUAUCAAUAGAAACAUAUUCAAUAUAUACAUGUCAUAUUAUCAUUAUUGAUCAAUCCCAUGAAAUAUAUAUAGUAGAAUAUGAUAUUAUUUCUUUUGUUCAAAAAUUCUAACUAAAAUGUAUUUAUCAUUUCUUGAAAACAACUUAUUCGA